AUGGCACCCCAAGUGUCGCCGAUGUCGACGGUCGCAAACGUCGCACAGGCCGCAACAGCCGCGGCCUCGACGCUUCUGCGUGCGUCGCCGGCGCCUGCGCCGAACGGCAUGCCGCGCUGGAUUGCCAGCCUCAUCAACCACGCAGCGACGCUGGCAGUCCUACCGACCCUUCCUUACGCUAUAGUGCAGCACACGCUGUAUCAACCCCAGCAGCCGCUCAAAGUCUGGCUGAUAGCGCACCUCCUGCGCAACCGGUCCAACCUCGCUCCCAUCUUAGAGGCGUGCUACUCUGAAGAAGAGGCAGCAUCCAUCGCAUUCAAGCCAAUCCUACCGUUCCCCAAGGGUAUUUGGGACGACGUCAAGUGCGAGGUCGUCUCGGUGCCGCCUGCGCCAAAGGGCUGGGCACCGAUCGACGCAGUCGAGAUUCCAGUACCAGUGGAGGUGGCUACACGGCCUGGCUUCAUACUCACUCCCACCCCCAAGAACGAGAAGCAAGUUAAGAGCAAGCUCAUCAUCCAUUGUCAUGGAGGAGGCUAUACCCGAGGACAUCCUCUGUGGACGCCGCUGGGGCCCAAGUUGGCACGCGACACCCGUACUCCAGUUCUCUCAGUGCAGUACCGGAAGUGUGUGACCGAGAUGACAGCCUUUCCGGCCCCUCUACUCGACGCGCUCGCUGCCUACCACUACGCGACGCAUACGCUUGGGUACGCCGCGAGGGACAUCGUCCUGGUCGGGGAUAGCGCGGGCGGCAACCUCGUCCUAGCGGUCAUGCAGACUCUCUCCAAGACGGGGCAGUCUCUACCUCGCGGGGUCGCGCUCAGCUCGCCGUGGUGCGACUUGACGUUCUCCCAUCCUUCCAUCUGGCACAACUCUUACGUCGACUACCUCGCCCUGAACGCGGGCAAGGCGGUCGUCGCGAGCGUAGCCCGUCAUUACACCCCGAGCGCGAUCCGUGGACCACUCCUCUCCCCGGCCCUUGCGCCAGAGGGAACGUGGAAGCGCAUGGGAGAUGUCCGCGAGAACAAGGAUGGUGGCACGCGUGUUUUCAUCCAAGUCGGCACCGGAGAGGGAAUGUACGACGAAGCGAUCGCGCUUGCCGACACAAUGCGGGGUGACGGCGUACGAGUCGAGGUCGACACCGAAGAGGGUGGUCUGCACUGCGGUGCACUCACGGGGUUCCUUGGCGAGGAUGCGUACACCAAGUUUGCAGAGGGCACCGAGCGCCUCCUCCGCGGUGGGGGCCAGCGACGCGAAUCAAUGAAUAUAGGCGAGGUGGCUGACAAGGCGCUGAGCUUGUUGUAA